ACCAAAAAAGAAAUGGCUCUGAAUCUCGUCUUCACCUCACACUCGUCUCUCUUCUCCAAACCCCUCAAACCCCUCUCAUUUCCAACCCCAAAACCCCAAUCCCUCUCUCUCUCCUCCCCAAACCCUAAUCCAAUCUCCAACCUCUCCUCCUUCCGCCCCCGCUCCUCUCUCUCCGACGACUCCCCCACCGACCGUCCCGCCAAAAUCACCGACGAGUGGGGCGAGCCAGCCGAUCCCGCGCCGGCGGAGCCGGAGCCCACUAUCUCGGAAUCGGACCCUCCAGUGAACGAGGACGAGUGGGGAGGAGGUGAUGAGUAUGUUGAAAUCGGGAAUGGAACUCCGGCGAAAGCUGAGGCUGAGAGCGCGGUGGUGGUGGAUGAGGAGGAGGUGGAUUCUAAGCUCACUGAGCUGAAGAGGUGCUUGGUGGACACGCUUUACGGGACUGAGUUGGGCUUUCGGGCCGGGUCGGAGGUGAGAGCUGAACUGGCGGAGUUGGUUAACCAGCUGGAGGCGGCGAAUCCCACUCCGGCGCCGACGGAGAACCCGGGGCUGCUUGAUGGCAACUGGGUUUUGCUGUACACUGCAUCGUCCGAGCUGUUGCCACUUCUGGCAGCAGGUAGCACACCUUUAUUGAAAGUGGAUAAAAUCAACCAAUCAAUUGACACCAGAAGUCUGACAAUUCUGAACUCCAUCACAUUGUCCGGCCCGUUUGCUACAUUCACUUUCAGUGCAUCUGCUAGUUUUGAAGUUAGAAGUCCUUCAAGAAUCCAGGUUCAAUUCAAGGAAGGCACCUUUCAGCCACCAGAUAUAAAGUCAAGUAUUGAGCUCCCACUUGAUGUUGAAAUAUUUGGGCAAAGAAUCAAUUUGUCGCCUGUCCAGCAAGCUCUCAGUCCUCUGCAGGAGGUUGCUGCGAGCAUUUCAAGAACCAUCUCUGGUCAGCAAUCACUUAAGGUUCCCAUCCCAGGCGAGCGGACACAGUCCUGGCUUCUUACUACGUACCUUGAUGAAGAUUUCCGAAUCUCCAGGGGGGAUGGUGGUCUCUUUGUGCUUGCUAAAGAAGGAAGUCCUCUCCUAGAUCAGUAAUCUGGUACACAAUUAUGUUUUUGAUACAAGCAAUAUACAUAAUAGUCCCUUGCUUAAUCUUUACUAUGAAAUUCCAAAUAUUUGUCUUUGUAUGAUAUUGUAUAUUAUAAUUGUUUUCAGAUAAAUUAAAGAUGUAAUCUACAUUGCAGUCUUGCAGACACAGAAUAAAAACCACCAGUAAGGAAGAAGUCGAAUGCUUCAUUACUCUUAA